UUAAUGUCGCGUUAAAGUCAUCUCAACAACUUGCCUUGAAUAGCAUUACUCGGCUCUCUCUCCCUCCACACAACCUCACGCCAGGCCACCAGCAUCUUGUUAUGUGAAGAUUUCACCCUUAUCUCACCCAAAACCACAAAAAAUGGACCAAAAUCAUGAACAUGCUUUAACCCAGAUAAGGAAGUCAGUUGAAAAGCUUGGUUGUUCGGCUCAGAAGUAUGAAGAUCCAACUUUGAUGAGAUUCUUGAUUGCAAGAUCAAUGGAUGCAGAGAAAGCUGCAAAGAUGUUUGUGCAGUGGAUAAAAUGGAGGGCUUCAUUUGUCCCACUUAACUACAUCCCUGAUUCUGAAGUUCAAGAUGAAUUAAAUGCAAGAAAGGCUUAUUUGCAGGGCCUGUCGAAAAAUGGGUGUCCUUUACUGAUUAUCAAAGGCAACAAGCAUUUUCCUUCCAAAGAUCAACUCCAAUUCAAGAGUAAUUACUUCUUGCGUCUUUUAGCUUAUAAGUUAUUGUUAUGUGAUCAUCUAAAUUAGUCUAAGAAUCUAAUUUUUUAUUAUAAAAGGAUGCUUUUCUUUCUUUAGCC